AAUACUAAACCAACCCAAAUCUAGAGCCAGCCGGGCCGGCAACUCCCAACCUUAUCUGUAUUCCGCGUCCACCAGAUCCGAACCCUAAUCUCUAACACAAGCUUUCAUCACCGGCGCAUUGCUCGUUUCAAAGCUACGGUGAUGACUGCCGAUAAGAGAUCGCUGACAUGGGAGGAUCGUAUCGAAACCCUAACCCACCUCCUCAUCCACCCAACGAAAACCCCUUCACUCCACUCCCAGCUAUUCGUCGCCGCUCGAUUCCCCUGCUUCCUCCGCUGGGACUAUCCUCCCUUCCUCUGCGAACCCGACGCUCCGGAAACUCUCCGAUGGUCCACCGCUCUUUUCUUACGUCGGGUAACUGGCUUCGAACGACCGACUGCUUCAUGGCGGAGCAAGUGCCCGUUUCAGAUUCCGCCGCCAAUGGUGCUCUCCUGCGCAGAAGAACCUGCGCCGGCGAGAUGGGAGCCGGAGGUGCUUCGAGAGCGUCUCCGGCGGCGACUCCGGCGGGGGGGGAUGCGGCGCCUCCGGCGGGGGCGGUUGGGGUUGAGAGUGCCGCCGCUGCUUGUUGUCGCUGUUCCAAAUCUUGUGCUCUUGCUAUUUCUGUUCUGUGAUCCCAACUGGGCUCAACGCCGGGACAAUUGGGCAUGA